AUGUAUAAGAAAUCUGCUUCUGCCGAUGUGUCAAUGAUAUCCCAAGACAGCUGCUACCUGGAAAAGGAAUCACAAGAUAUGUUACCCUCAAAAAAGGGUAAAAAUGCUGACAGCAGAGGAAAGGUGGAACUGAAAAAGAAAGUGACCUUAUUGAGAGGAAUCUCUAUAAUAAUCGGGACUAUCAUAGGAGCAGGAAUUUUUAUCUCCCCUAAAGGAAUCCUACAAAACACCGGUAGCAUUGGAAUGUCCUUAAUUGUUUGGACUGCAUGUGGCAUCCUGUCUCUUCUUGGUGCUCUUUGCUAUGCAGAACUUGGAACAUGUAUAAAGAAAUCUGGCGGCCACUACACGUACAUCCUAGAAGCUUUUGGUCCAUUACCUGCAUUUGUUCGGGUGUGGGUAGAACUGCUUGUUAUUCGGCCAGCUGCUACGGCAGUGAUAUCACUAGCAUUUGGACGCUAUAUCCUGGAGCCUUUCUUUAUACAAUGUGAAAUACCAGACCUCGCUGUCAAAUUAGUUACAGCACUUGGAAUAACCGUUGUAAUGGUCCUGAACAGUAUGAGUGUUAGCUGGAGUGCUCGUAUUCAGAUUUUCUUGACCUUUUGCAAGCUUGUAGCAAUUCUGAUAAUUAUAGUCCCUGGAGUUAUGCAGCUAAUUAAAGGAGAGACACAGAACUUCAAAGAUGCCUUUGUUGGGAAAGAUGUCAGUGUUAUGGGGCUCCCCUUGGCUUUUUAUUCUGGAAUGUAUGCAUACGCUGGCUGGUUUUACCUCAAUUUUGUUACUGAAGAAGUAGAAAACCCAGAAAAAAACAUACCUCUUGCAAUAUGUAUAUCAAUGGGGAUCGUAACAGUUGGAUACGUCUUGACCAAUGUGGCCUACUAUACAGUCAUUACAGCAGAAGAACUCGUCCUCUCCAGUGCAGUUGCAGUGACAUUUGCUGAACGACUCCUGGGAAACUUCUCCCUGGCUGUUCCCAUUUUUGUUGCAUUGUCUUGCUUUGGCUCAAUGAAUGGUGGAGUUUUUGCUGUUUCGAGGAUGUUCUAUGUUGCCUCUCGAGAAGGUCACCUUCCAGAGAUCCUUUCUAUGAUUCAUGUACACAAGCAUACUCCUCUGCCAGCUGUCAUUGUUUUGUAUCCACUAACAAUGGUGAUGCUGUUCACUGGGGAUAUCUACAGCCUCCUGAAUUUCCUCAGCUUUGCUCGGUGGCUGUUUAUUGGUCUGGUUGUCGUUGGACUCAUUUAUCUACGAUACAAACGACCUGAGAUGCAUCGCCCUUUCAAGGUGCCAAUCUUUAUACCAGCAUUAUUUUCCUUCACCUGUUUGUUUAUGGUCACUUUAUCACUAUACUCAGACCCCAUAAACACAGGUAUCGGUUUUGCCAUUACCUUGACUGGUGUUCCUGCUUACUACCUGUUUGUCAUCUGGGACAAGAAGCCAAGAUGGUUCCAAAAAUUUUCAGAUAGGGUCAACACAACGCUGCAGAUACUUCUGGAGGUUGUGCCAGCUGAAAAAAAUGUUUCCUGAACAAAGAAUAUGCUGGAAGACGUCAUGUGUAGCUCCACAAGUUGUUGUCAUGGUGCGUUGAUAUUAAGUAGUAGGAGACAGACGGGAACCAAUCACUGCUUCUAUAAUAGUUUUUCAUUAAGGAUAACAGAGCUGCUAUUUUAUUUAUUCCACUGUACUUUUUUAUUAAAUUGUUAAUAUCUAUAAACCUGCAUUUGUCUAGUCUAUAAUCAUACACAUUUAUAAAUUCUCUGCCAUUCAGUAUGCCCCCACUUAUUUGCACACAUAAUUAGAACAUAUGUCUCCAGAUGAAGGGAAGUGAUACCGUGCACCUGUCACCUGGCACUGCCAUCCUUCACUUGUCACUGAUUUCUCUUUGGAUAUUUUCCUAAUUUGACAGCUAAUUUUUGACAGUUAACUUGCUGCACACAUUAUGACUAGAGAUGAGCAAAGUUUGGGAAAAUUCUAUUCGUCUGCUUCACCAAAUUUUACCCAAAAUUUUGCUUUGCGUCAAUUUACUUCGCCACAAAGUGCAUUUUU